UCCUCUCAAUUUCUCACCCCCACAUAUUUACAUCACACUUCACCAUCAAAAAACAACAACUCGCACACAAAGAGUUUGUAAGGAAAAAAAAAAUCAAAGAAAAAUGAAGUCCCUCAACAAUGUCCUUGUCUUUGCCUUUUGGCUUCUCUUUGUUUCAUCAGCAUUCUACUUGGCUGCAGAUGCCAAAAUUCACCACCAUGAAUUUGUUAUUCAAGCAACACCAGUGAAGAGGCUGUGCAAGACACACAACGCCAUUACGGUGAAUGGGCAAUACCCUGGACCAACCUUGGAAAUCAAUAAUGGUGACACACUCGUCGUCAAAGUUACAAACAAAGCUCGAUACAAUGUUACCAUCCACUGGCAUGGUAUUCGUCAAUUUAGGACAGGGUGGGCAGAUGGGCCCGAGUUUGUGACUCAGUGCCCAAUUCGUCCUGGUGGGAGCUACACGUACCGAUUCACAGUGCAAGGACAGGAGGGGACACUUUGGUGGCAUGCCCAUAGCUCAUGGCUCAGAGCCACUGUUUAUGGAGCUCUCAUUAUUCGUCCUAAGGAAGGAGACUCUUAUCCUUUCACUAAACCAAAGCGUGAAACACCAAUUCUUCUGGGUGAAUGGUGGGAUGCAAACCCCAUUGCUGUGGUGAGGCAAGCAACUAGAACAGGUGCUGCUCCGAAUGUUUCUGAUGCUUAUACCAUCAACGGUCAACCUGGUGACCUCUACAACUGCUCCAGCAAAGACACUAUAAUAGUCCCCAUAGAUUCUGGAGAAACCAACCUUCUGAGAGUCAUCAAUGCAGCAUUGAACCAACCACUUUUCUUCAAAGUUGCCAACCACAAGCUCACAGUCGUUGGUGCUGAUGCCUCAUACACCAAACCCUUCACCACUUCCGUCCUCAUGCUGGGUCCCGGCCAAACCACCGACGUUUUAAUCAACGGAGAUCAACCACCGAGCCGCUACUACAUGGCGGCGCGUGCCUACCAAAGUGCGCAGAACGCACCAUUCGACAACACCACAACCACUGCCAUUCUCGAAUACAAAUCAGCACCAUGUCCAUCCAAAAAAGGCUUAACUAUCAAACCAAUCAUGCCGACACUCCCUGCUUUCAACGACACGGCGACCGUCACCGCAUUCAGCAGGAGCUUCAAAAGCCUAAACAAGGUCUUGGUCCCCACCGAAAUCGACGAGAGCCUCUUCUUCACCGUCGGUUUGGGGCUCAACAAUUGCCCCAAGAACUUCGGGUCCGCAAGAUGUCAAGGUCCCAAUGGUACAAGAUUCACAGCAAGCAUGAACAAUGUCUCAUUCCAGUUCCCAAAACAAAUUUCCAUAUUGCAAGCUUAUCAGCAAGGAAUCCCGGGUGUUGUCACCCCUGAUUUUCCGGCAAAUCCUCCUCUGAAAUUCGAUUACACCGGCAACGUAAGCCGGUCGCUGUUUCAACCUGUUGCCGCAACAAAAGGGUACAAAUUGAAGUAUAAUUCGAGAGUUCAAGUGGUUUUGCAGGAUACAAGUAUCGUCACCCCUGAGAACCAUCCCAUUCAUCUACAUGGAUAUGAUUUCUACAUUGUCGCAGAGGGUUUCGGAAACUUCGAUCCCAAGAAAGAUACUUCCAAAUUCAACCUUGUUGAUCCUCCUCUGAGGAACACUGUUGCAGUGCCUGUGAAUGGUUGGGCUGUCAUUAGAUUUGUAGCUGAUAAUCCAGGUGUUUGGUUAAUGCAUUGUCACUUGGACGUUCACAUAACCUGGGGAUUGGCUAUGGUGUUCUUGGUAGACAAUGGGUUUGGUGAAUUGCAGAGCAUUGAACCUCCUCCGGCGGAUCUGCCACUGUGUUAGAAAAAGGUUGUGAUGAUCCAUAGGAAAGUUGUAGCUAGCCAGCUACUACCCCAUUAUUAGAAAAGUUCAUAAUCUCAAUAAAUUGGGAUUCUAAUUUUUCUCUUUUAGUGUACGAGGUUUUUUGUUGUUGUUUUCCCUGCAUUUGGGGAUGAUCUAGUUCUUGCUCUGUUUUUUGGUAUUCUAUUUUUGUUAGAUAAAGCGGGUUUGGAAAAACAAAAUAUAGAUGGUGCUGUGGUAACAACAAAUGAGUAGUAUCAUACUACCAUCUGAUUUAGUUUCUGUAACCCCCAGUUGUUAUUUGAUUUGUGAGAUGUAUUCUUUUUCUAUAGCAAAAGUUUAAUUCAGAUUUGAAGUUUUUAUUGUUUUUUA